UUGCACUCGGUGCCCUUUUUAAACAAUGGCUCAUCAUGUACAACAGUCGCAUCUGGCAAUUACAGCGAGGUAUCCAGUGCAUGCCGAUUUGAGUAUCCUGCGCGAAGGAGGGAGCCUGGGGGAACUGCCAGAAUGUUAUAAAGGUCGCCAGAUUCCCGCGACUGGGAGAGGGCCUUCCACUAUCACGUAUCCAUAUUAUUCCUUCACCACUGUAUCUCCACCUUGAUUCCUUUCAUUGUACUUUUAUUUCGAAAAUAAUGGCAUCAGGACUUGGCCGCAAAGCCGUUCAAGGCAUUGCUGCAGGCAUCGGGCUCGUCUCGGAAGCCCGAUCAGCCCGCAAGACCAAGAAAAGGAAUCAAAAAGAACGAUUGGAUCAAGGCGCAGUCCCUGAAAACGAUAUGGUAAUACAAGAGCAACGGGAACUGCCACAACAACAGCAGCAGCAGCAGCAGCAGCAAAAACAAUGCGAGUGGUACGAAGUGAUUGUGCCCUGCGAACCGACCGCCCAACAAGAGGCCCACCAUGAAAACCCACCCACCGGGUCUCUCGAGGAGCAAUGGGCACUGGAUGAGGCACAAGAAGAGUUGGGGCAUUCCGCGCAGGGUAAGGAGAACACUCCCGAGAACGACCGACCGCCGGAAUACGUCGAUCAAGAGCGUCUCGCCCAUGCAUUUGCGUCCACCUACCCUGCACCACCUCCCUAUUCGACCAUUUACGAUGGAAGUCGACCGUCAUUGCCGCAGUUGUCAGCACCAGUCGUGCUGCCACAGCGCAGACCCAAGAACCGUGACCGCGGCUUCAUUCGCGCGUAUGCCCCUACGUUGAACGAGUGCGGUAUCGAUCAGGAGAUGUUUAUUGAUUUCCUCGAUACCGCGGAGAAGGCGUGCCAAGCAGCCAAAUGGCUGAAUGCGAUCAACUUGGCGUCCAUUGGAACAAUGUGGCUUCCCACUGUCACUGGACUUGCCGUGUCAAUUGCUAUCCAGAUCGCUACCGAUGUUGCGAUCGCCGCGGACGGUCGUCGCAAGACCAAUACAUUCUUUGACAAGAUGAACAAGGAAUUUUUCCAACCUCGUGGCCUCUACUGUCUCCUCAUGACUUGGAAUCCUGAAUUGCCCGAUGCCCCGGCGACGACGAUUGAUCUCAAUUCGUUCAUUUCCAAAGCUGCCGAUGGGGGAAGUUUGAGCGGAUUAGAACGCCUUCGUCACAAGUUCAAGUCAUCAGACGGAAAAGCCUAUGGCAAUAUCUUCCCCGAGGUUGCACCCCUGGUCUUCCCCCAGAUUGAUCAAGUAGCGUCCGACAAGGACGCGCAAAAGAAGUUUGCCGGAAUGAAGAAGAAAAAGCAAUUUGUCGAUGGCUACCUGGACAAGAGGGCCCAGGCCAAAUUUGCCGCCAAAAACCCCGACAGUCAUUUAACUCAAGGCCCAAAACCAACCUUCAACUCCCGCUAUGCCGAUCCCAACCAUGUGGCCAGUAGCGGUGAUCCUCUCGCCCUGAUUACCGGCGGCCAUCUCACCCUAGACAAGCUGAGCGCUAUGAAAGGCCGUGGGGCACGAGGAUUCACAGACCAAUAUCAAGAACGCCGGGAUUACGAUUCCAAUCCACCAGCGCCCCAUGGCAGACCAUUCAGUCUAUCUGAUGCCAUCAACACCAUUCGGGAUUUGCGUACUCCCCAGAACGGCGCUUCGCGUGCCGGGUAUGCCGAGUAUGCCGGUCCUUUGCCUGGUGGUAGGGGACAAGAUCGGUCGGCUGAGAACCGAGACGGGGGCGCUGGUAUCGGUCCAUUUACGCCAAUUGCCAAAUUGUUGAAGAAGAAAGUUUUAUACCUGGCGAUUGUGAAUAUGCCGUCAGAGGAUGAGAUGAGCCGUGCUCGCGAGGCCUUGGGACACACAGCAUGA